AUGAAAUCAAUACUCGCUUUCUUAUUUAUUGCCUUUUCUGCAGAUUACGGAAUUCGAAAUUUCACGGUGAAUAAUGUUUCAAUCUUUGUCGAAAUCUGUGGCAAACCUACAGAUCCUAGUCAAUACACUCUGGAUUACAAUGCGCAAAAUCUAAAGGCUGUCGUUGAUGCGGUUGUUAAUAGAGGUCUCGGAAAAAAGAUAAAUUUGGCCGGCUGGUCAAUGAUAGCGGCUACAGCAACAACAUUGUUUGUAUCAAGGAAAUUUUGGACAAAAUGA